GAUGUUGAUGAUGAUGAUGAUUAUGAAGAUGUUGAUGACGAUGAUCAUCCUCAUGAUGUUCAUGAUGAUGAUGAUGAUGAUUUGAAUGAUGAUAAUGUGGGUGAUUUUGAGGACGAUGCUGAUGAUGAUGAUGAUGUUGAUGAUGUUGAUGAUGAUGCCGAUUAUGAAGACGUUGAUGACGAUGAUGAUCCUGAUGAUGUUCAUGAUGACGAUGAUGAUUGGGAUGAUGAUGAUAUGGAAGAUGAUGAUGAUGUUGAUGAUUAUGAUGAUGAUGAUGAUCAUGGUGAUUAUGAUGAUGAUGAUGAUGAUGAUGUUGAUGAUUCGGAUGAUUUUGAUGAUGACGAUGACUCGGAUUCUGAUCAUAAGGACGAUGAUAUUGAUGAUGACGAGAAUGACUAUGAUAAUGCUGAUGUUGAUGAUGAUUUUGGCGAUUCGGUGAUGAUGAUGAUGACGAUUAUGAUGAUGAUGUUGAUUAUGGUUAUUAUGAUGAUGAUGAUGAUGAUGAUGAUGAUGAUGAUUAUGGAUGAUGUUGAGGAUGACGAUGAAGAUUAUGAUAAUGCUGAUGGCGAUGACGAUUUUGACGAUUCGGUGAUGAUGAUGAUGAUGAUGAUGAUGAUUAUGGCGAUUAUGGUGAUGAUGAUCAUGAUGAUGAUGAUGAUGACUAUGAUGACGAUGAUGAUCAUGAUGAUGAUGAUGAUGAUGGGGACGAUGAUGAUGAUGAUGCUGACGACGACGAUGACGAUGACGGUGAUGAUAAUGACGACGUUGAUGAUGACCAUGAUGAUAAUGAUGAUGAUUAUGAUGAUGAUGAUGAUUAUGGCGUUUAUGAUGAUGAUGAUGAUGAUACUAAUAAUUAUAAAGAUGACGAUGAUGAUGGCUCGGAUGAUGAAUGUGAUGAAGAUGAUGAUGAUGAUGAUGUAUGGCUGA